GGGAGGGUGGCCUGUUUUUUCAGGACUUGAGGUUCCUAUAAUUUUUUUCUUUUGUUGGUGGAAUCAACUUCCUGGGAUAGCAUUAACUCAUUAGAUCUUUGUGAUUAGCGGAUGCCUCGUUCAGUACACGACAGAUUCAUACUUUCCCUAAUUGUCUUUCAAAACAAAUAAUAAAAGAAAAAAAAUAAAAUAAAAUAAAAAUAGCCAUUUGUCGACGUUUUGAAUGAAGUCAAGAGGCCAAACAUCACAAAACGAUCCAAUGGUUACGUUGCGUGUCAUCCAGUGUUAUCAUUAGUUCUAUCAAAAACUCUUCACAAAUUUUUGACGCGAUUGAACAUUAUUUUAGUUUCCUGUGUAGAAAAUGUUCACAUAACUAAUUGAACCUGUGUUAUUUUCAGUUCGUCUAGCAUGUAAAUUAAAUUUGAUGAACAUAUUUCUGUACAACUUUUAGCUGUGUUUCCUUCACCAGAAGAUCUGUGCUCACAGUAGGUUUCAAAGCAGGCAGCCGAAGAAUGUAAGGUGAAACAUGGCGCGUUUUACAGCAGAAGCCAACCUGAGGCUAUAGUUGCGAUGACAUUUCUAGAAACUAUCCAUUCAGGUCGGACGCGUCAGAAAUGUAUCACGUGUCAGUGUCUGACAGGAUUUAUCUGUAAACAUUUUCAUCCACACACCAUUGGCACAGAGAUGAAGAUAUUGUUGAUUUUCAUAAUUAUGACAUGGCGCAAGGUGACGUCGUCGCCAAUAAAAUUUGACGUAAUGGAUUGCAUGGAGUAUUUGUCCCUGUCUCUGGACAAUGACGAUGCCUGCAAUUUGGAUGGCAGCUAUGUCGAAGAAAACUUCCGAGCGGAUCGAGAAGAAGAUGUAUAUAUGAAGCAUAUAAAACAAGGCCAAGAUACAUAUGGCAAUACACAUAGAAUGUAUGAACCAUGUAAGUGUAACUUUAUAGGGUGUAACUGUACGGGACUCGGAUUGAAAAAUGUUCCUGGCGAUCUUCCUCAAAACAUUCAAAAACUGAGACUCGAUUACAACGCCAUUGCAGUGCUGCCAAACUGUAUAUUUUGUAGCUACUCUCAGUUGAAUUAUUUAGACUUGUCUUACAAUAAUCUAACUCAACUUCAAGUUGGCUCCUUUUGGGGACUUGAACAUUUGAACUGGCUUAAUCUGGGAAACAAUAGCCUCAUGUACGUUAAGGAGACAUUCCCGAAUGGCGUGUUUUCUGAUUUAGUUUCGCUUAGAUGUUUGAAGCUACACAGAAACCUACACAGCAAUCAAUAUAUUGACUUUCAUUUUCCAGAUGAAGUUUUGGCUAAUCUGACCAACUUGGAAAGUCUUUAUUUAGAUGGAUUUGAUUCGUUGGUUUUCGGAGAACAUUUUAAAAAUUUAACCGAACUGAAAACUUUAGACUUAUCUCGAGGUCACUGUAACAUUAGGUCACUUAGUAAAAGUGCAUUGUCUAACAUCUAUCAGAUAAGUAAACUGAAUCUAAGCGGUUGUAAUCUCCAAGGAGAUAUUCUGAAUAGUAAUGUUUUCAAGCCGUUAGUUAACUUGAAACAUCUAGAUAUAAGUUUCAACAGAGAUCUGGGUGUCAAAUCUUUCAUGUCUGCUUUAAAAGAAAUUCGUAAUUACAACAUAACUACAUUGGUAAUGAACUUUAUAGAGUCUUUAUACUCGCGAUCAUUAUAUAUCUCUCAAGAUAUAGUAAAAAGUCUUCCGUCAUCUUUAAUUUAUCUAGAGGCCCAGGGCAAUUGCUUCGAGUCUAUUGACCCUGGAGUUCUUCAGUUACUUCCCCCUAAUUUGACCUACAUUUUCGUUGGGGCAAAUAGAUUUGUCUACGGAGAGUAUUUUAAUGAGCUUUAUACACUAAGGAAUGUUAAAGUUCUCAAACUGAAUGGGGGCGCUUAUUUGCUAGAUAUUCCCGAAAAAGAACCACAAUCGGCAGACUACACUCAGUGCCCCUCACCACAGAAGACAUUCAAAAGUUCAAGGCCACUUAUAAUCACUCUCCCGCCAAAUUUACUAUGUCUUGAUUUGAGAUUCACCGGCCUAAGGUACCGUCUGACAGAACUGACCUUCAAUGCGAGUAACUCGCUGGAAUCUUUAAUCUUUUGUGAUAAUUAUUUACCUUUUCUUCGAGGCCCCAUUAAAGGGUUACCAAAACUUCUGAAGCUAUAUAUAAGUGGCAGCGGUGUCAAGGACAUAGAGACACAAAUGUUUCAAUAUCUUGGUACCUUAGAGAAACUUAGUCUCCGAAACGAUCAACUGCAAGACUUUUUUGAACACAACAUCAACCCAAAAGUCUUUAAACACUUAAUAAACCUUCGAUUCAUUGACCUUUCCGAAAAUUCGCUGACUCGUAUUCAGAAGAAUAUCUUUGAAGGCCUGAAUCUUUUGGAACACAUCGAUAUGCGUAAGAACAACAUGUGGACAUUUAACGUGAGUAUUGUGAAUAUGUUCAACCUUAGCUUGCUUAAUUUGAGUCACACCCAGCUGAGUACUCUUCCCCUAGAGACACGCCAACAUAUUGACCAAUUGUUGACCAAUCAUUCUGUCGUUAUUGACAUGUCUUCCACGCCGAUCCAGUGUGUCUGUACAAACAUUGACUUCUUGAAAUGGAUGACCAGUUCCAGAGCUUUUGAUGCCAGCUUCACCAACUAUAUGUGUCAGUACGAGAACAAGUCAAUGGCGGUGUAUGUAACUGACGCCUACCAGGAGACGUUGCAAGAACUUGAUAGAAAGUGUGCUGACCACUCCAUCCUCUUCCUGGUGGUCACCUCUGCUACUUUUUGUAUGGUCUCCUGCGUGAUAGCAGCGUUGCUGUACAGGUUUCGCUGGAGACUGAGAUAUUUAUAUUACGCCGCCUACUUGAUGGUGAAAGGUCAAACAAAAAACACUGCUAAAUCUGAACAGUUUCACUAUGACGUGUUUAUUUCCUAUGCUUAUAAGGAUGAGGACUUCAUUCUGGGGAGCCUUGUACCAGAGUUGACUGAACGGAAGUUGUCAGUCCUGGUCCAUGGACGAGACUUUGCUGUGGGGGAAUUCAUCGCUUCCAACAUUGUGACUGCCGUCAAAGAGAGCCGGAAGACUUUAGUGGUUCUCACACGAAAUUUUCUCAACAGCACCUGGUGUAACUUUGAAAUGCACAUGGCCAACAUGGAGUCAGUCCACACAGGGCGUCCAGUACUUGUGUUUCUCAUCAAAGAAUCCAUACCUACAACAGAGCUGACCUCUGACCUCUUGUAUCACCUUAAUAAAAACACAUACAUUGUGUACCAACAAGGGGAGGUCACUAAUGUGUUUUGGGACAAACUGGCCAGGGAUCUUUUGCAAUUUUAAGUAAAAUAUAAUUACACUCAACGUAAGCUUUAUUUCCCAACUGGUCAGUCAACUAUAAAACUGUGAGAUUAUAAAUAUUUUUUUCUAAUUGUUUUUUAUUAGCGCUAUUUUAUGCUUAUAGCUUUCUCAAUACUCUAUGAUCCUAACACUUAUCUGGACAAGUGGGGAAAAUAGGAGGGGGGGAAGAAAGAAAGCGAUAUCUGGGUGGUUUUUACCGUAAUUGGGUUUUUAGAAGUAUUAAAAAAAGGCGGGAAAGGACCUGAAUUCGAACUCAUGGUUCACGUCUCCUCGAGCCGACGCGCUAACCACUCUGCUAGUUGUAUAGUUAUAUAUUGUUUGUUUCAAUUUAGAGCGGCGACCUUUAAAGGGGACUAUUCAGUUUAUUCCACCACUUCAGUCAAGUGCAAUCUCUUUCCGUUGUUCGAGAUACCAAAUACAAUAAUUAAAUUACCAAUAGUUAAUUAAUUAAUUGUUCAAAUAUUAAAAAUUGAUUCUUGUGUUGUCAGGUAAAAAAAAAAAAAUAAUUAUGUAAAAUUUCAACUUGAUCCGAGAUUAACCCGAAUAACGUGUACAAACGUUUAACUAGAAAGACCGAGUGAGCUGGAAUAAGCUUUGUAAAAAGGAGGAACUUCUCAGUACCGUCAAGAGAUGAAAGCAUGCCUGUGUCGUUUAUACUGUAAGAUUAGACUUACUGUACAAAAUCAUCAAAAGGCGUCUCUUUUGAUAUUCUGCUAAUGGCAGUUGCAUAUUAAGGUGAGUUGUGGGGGUUUAGUUACGCGAACUGUAACAGCACCCCUUCGUUACAAGUCAUGGACUGAUAAAGAUGAAAAAUCUUGAAAGGCGUUGAGGCCGAAUGAUAGGUAGGGCGCUUAGUGUAGGAGCAUAGGGACAUAAGAUAAAACAUCUUUGCAGAUUGCAGACAAUAUGAUCUAAAAAAUCUAAAAAAUUACAGCCAAAACAAAGUUAUAUUUGGU